AUGCCUAUGUUUUGUCCUCCUGUGUUCUCUUGUUGCACAGGCUUCUACAAUUCUAUUUUUCACCCUACAGAUUUACCAAAAUUAAAGAGACAGAGAGAGUAUGAACUGGUGACUCCAGUCAGCACAGAUUUUGAAGGACACUAUCUCUCCCAUAUUCUUUCUGCAAAUCACAAAAAGAGGUCAACGAGGGACGUGUCUUCCAACUCUGAGCAAUUGUUCUUUAACAUCACAGCAUUCGGAAGAGACUUUCAUCUGCGACUAAAGCGCAACACUCAGCUGGUAGCUCCUGGGGCUGUUGUGGAAUGGCAUGAGACCUCUCUGGUGCCUGGGAAUAUAACCAAUCCCAAUAAUGAUCAUCAAGCAGGAAAUUCUUCAGAAAGAAUCUGGAAAACAGAGCCUUUGCAGACUAACUGUGCUUAUGUUGGUGACAUCAUGGACAUUCCAGGAACCUCUGUUGCCAUUAGCAACUGUGAUGGUCUGGCUGGAAUGAUAAAAAGUGAUAAUGAUGAGUAUUUCAUUGAGCCUUUGGAAAGAGGUAAGCAGAUGGAAGAAGAAAAAGGAAGGAUUCAUGUUGUCUACAAGAGAUCAGCAGUAGAACGGGCUCCUGUAAACAUGUCGCAUGACUGCUACUACGGAGAGUCGGAUCUGGAAGGCCUUGACGAUGUAGAUACUAUUUCCAGCAGCAUUGAGCAGCAGCUGAAGGAAGCAGCGAGGCGCCGCAGACACGCGGGAGAGAACGAUUACAACAUUGAGGUGCUGCUGGGGGUGGACGACUCCGUGGUCCGCUUCCAUGGCAAAGAGCACGUCCAAAACUACCUCCUCACCCUGAUGAACAUUGUGAAUGAAAUUUACCAUGAUGAGUCCCUUGGAGUACAUAUGAAUGUGGUCCUGGUGCGCAUGAUAAUGCUGGGUUAUGCAAAGUCCAUCAGCCUAAUAGAAAGGGGAAACCCAUCCAGAAGCUUGGAGAACGUGUGUCGCUGGGCUUGCCAACAACAAAAAUCUGAUCCCAACCACUCUGAACACCAUGAUCAUGCAAUUUUCUUAACCAGGCAAGACUUUGGACCUGCUGGAAUGCAAGGAUAUGCUCCAGUCACCGGCAUGUGUCAUCCAGUGAGAAGUUGUACCCUGAAUCAUGAGGAUGGUUUUUCAUCUGCUUUUGUAGUAGCCCAUGAGACUGGCCAUGUGCUGGGAAUGGAGCACGACGGCCAAGGCAACAGGUGUGGUGAUGAGACCGCUAUGGGGAGUGUCAUGGCCCCCUUGGUGCAAGCAGCAUUUCAUCGUUACCACUGGUCCCGGUGCAGUGGCCAAGAACUGAAGAGAUACAUCCAUUCCUAUGACUGUCUCCUUGAUGACCCUUUUGAACAUGAUUGGCCCAAACUCCCAGAACUUCCUGGAAUCAAUUACUCUAUGGAUGAACAAUGUCGUUUUGACUUUGGGGUUGGUUAUAAAAUGUGCACUGCGUUCCGAACAUUUGACCCAUGUAAACAGCUGUGGUGUAGCCAUCCUGACAAUCCCUACUUUUGUAAGACAAAAAAAGGACCCCCACUUGAUGGGACUGAAUGUGCUGCUGGAAAAUGGUGCUAUAAGGGUCAUUGCAUGUGGAAGAAUGCCAAUCAACAAAAACAAGAUGGCAAUUGGGGAUCAUGGACCAAAUUUGGUUCCUGUUCCCGGACGUGCGGAACUGGUGUCCGUUUCAGAACACGCCAGUGUAACAAUCCCACGCCCAUCAAUGGCGGUCAGGACUGUCCUGGUGUUAACUUCGAGUACCAGCUUUGUAAUACAGAAGAGUGCCAGAAGCACUUCGAGGACUUCAGAGGACAGCAAUGCCAACAGCGGAACUCCCACUUUGAAUACCACAACACCAAGCACCACUGGCUGCCCUACGAACAUCCUGACUCCAAGAAAAGAUGCCACCUUUACUGUCAAUCCAGAGAGACUGGAGAUGUCGUGUACAUGAAGCAGCUGGUUCACGAUGGAACACACUGUUCUUACAAAGACCCAUACAGCAUAUGUGUUCGAGGAGAGUGUGUGAAAGUGGGCUGUGAUAAAGAAAUCGGUUCUAACAAGGUUGAGGAUAAGUGUGGUGUCUGUGGAGGAGAUAAUUCUCAUUGUCGAACCGUAAAGGGGACCUUUACCAGAACCCCCAGGAAACUUGGGUACCUUAAGAUGUUUGAUAUACCCCCUGGUGCUAGACAUGUGUUAAUCCAAGAAGACGAGGCUUCUCCUCAUAUUCUUGCUAUUAAGAACCAGGCUACAGGCCACUACAUUCUGAAUGGCAAAGGGGAGGAAGCCAAGUCACGGACCUUCAUUGAUCUUGGUGUGGAAUGGGAUUAUAACAUUGAAGAUGACAUUGAAACUCUUCACACAGAUGGACCUUUACACGAUCCUGUUAUUGUUUUGAUCAUACCUCAGGAGAACGACACCCACUCCAGCCUGACAUAUAAAUACGUCAUUCAUGAAGAUUCUGCACCUACAAUCAGCAGCAACAAUGUCAUCCAGGAAGAAUUAGAUACUUUUGAGUGGGCUUUGAAGAGCUGGUCUCAGUGUUCCAAACCCUGUGGCGGAGGUUUCCAGUACACUAAAUACGGAUGCCGUCGGAAGAGUGAUAAUAAAAUGGUUCACCGCAGUUUCUGUGAGGCCAACAAAAAGCCAAAACCUAUCAGAAGAAUGUGCAAUAUUCAAGAGUGCACACAUCCACUCUGGGUCGCGGAAGAGUGGGAGCAUUGCACCAAAACCUGCGGAAGUACCGGCUACCAGCUCCGCACCGUGCGCUGCCUGCAGCCGCUGCGCGACGGCACCAACCGCUCUGUGCACAGCAAGUACUGCGCGGGCGACAGGCCCGAGAACCGCCGGCCCUGCAACAGAGCGCCCUGCCCCUCCCAGUGGAAGACGGGGCCCUGGAAUGAGUGUUCAGUAACAUGCGGUGAAGGAACAGAGGUGAGGCAGGUCCUCUGCAGGGCUGGAGACCACUGCGCAGGGGAGAAGCCCCAGUCCUCCAGAGCUUGUCAGCUGCCUCCCUGUCACGAUGAGCCAUGUUUGGGAGACAAGUCCAUCUUCUGUCAAAUGGAGGUGCUGGCACGAUACUGCUCCAUACCAGGUUAUAACAAGUUAUGUUGUGAAUCAUGUAGCAAGCGCAGUAGCACCCUGCCACCACCAUACCUUCCAGAAGCUGCUGAAACUCAUGAUGAUGCUAUCUUUAACCCUAGUGACCUCCCUGGAUCUCUAGCAGUGCCUACAUCUUUGGUUCCUUACCAUUCAGAGCCCCCUGCUGAGAAGAAAUCUUUGAGUAGGAUUUCUUCAGUGGGAGGUCCAAAUGCAGUCACUGCUUCCAGGCCAAACAGUAAACCUGAUGGUGCUAACUUACCCCAGAGGAGAGCUCAGCAAGCAGGAAGCAAGACUCUGAGACUGGCCUCCCCACCCGCCAAGAGUGGCCACCUCAACUCAUCUUCAGAAAUGGCUGCCGCCCACUUCCUUGCAGUCAGUGAUUCAAUAGGUGCUUCUUCUCAGGCAAGAACCUCAAAGAAAGAUGAAAAAAUUAUUGACAAGAGACGUCCCAUAAGAUCACCCACUUUGGAAAGAUGA